CUGUGAUAGGCAAAAUGUCAAUAGAAUAAGUGGCCUGUCCGCCAGAACUUGCCAUGAACCAUUUGGUUGGACCGCCUGAGGGGGAAGUAAGUGAAGAGCCAGCAAAUGGAGCAGUAAACGAGUCGGUGGAGGCUGACCUGGAGCGUUCAGAGGUGGAAGAGGAGCAACGGUAUGCAACUCGCUACCCGAGGCACACAGACAGCAGCCAAAGGGGCCAGUCUGGGCAGGAGGAAGAAGGGAUGCUAGCUCGGUCGGCCAGCACUGAGAGUGGUUUCCACAAUCAUACAGACACGGCUGAAGGGGAUGUUAUAGCCACAGUGGAGGACAGUUACGAUACAGACAGAGUUCAGGAAAAUGAGGAUGAGAGCGCAUAUGCGGUGCAGUAUAGGCCAGAGUCUGAGGAGUACACAGAGAACGCUGAGGCUGAGCAUGGCGAGGCCAUUCAUAACCGAACGCUGCCCAACCAUUUGCAUUUCCACUCCAUCGAGCACGAGGAAGCCAUGAAUGCAGCCUACUCGGGUUAUGUCUACACGCAUCGGCUCUUCCACCGGGGGGAGGAUGAGCAGUAUGCUGAGCCUUAUGCUGAUUAUGGACUGCAGGAGCAUGUGUAUGAGGAGAUAGGGGAGACACCAGAGCUCGAUGUGAGGGACGGGCUCCGGCUCUAUGAGCGGGAAAGGGAGGAUGCGGACAAUUACCGCAAGGAAGCACUUGGCGCCCGACUUCACCAUUAUGAUGAACGGUCUGAUGGAGAAUCUGACAGCCCUGAGAAGGAGGCAGAGUUUGCACCCUACCCAAGAAUGGAUAGUUAUGAACAAGAGGAGGACAUUGAUCAGAUUGUGGCAGAGGUGAAGCAGAGCAUGAGCUCCCAGAGCUUGGACAAGGCCGCUGAAGACAUGCCAGAGGCGGAGCAGAGUUUGGAGCACACUCAUGUACUUGCUGGGCAUGAAAGCAACGGCCAGCUACCUGCUGGUUCUCAAGUCAUGUCCAACUCGGGAGAGUCCAUACAGAGGUACAGCAAGGAAAAGAGAGAUGCGAUUUCAUUGGCCAUUAAGGACAUUAAAGACGCUAUUGAGGAAGUGAAGACAAGGACCAUCCGAUCUCCUUAUACCCCUGAUGAACCAAAGGAGCCUAUCUGGGUGAUGAGGCAGGACAUCAGCCCAACCAGGGACUGUGACGACCAGAGGCCACUAGAUGGAGAUUCUCCAUCUCCAGAUUCCUCUUCACCUCGGGGUGCUGAAUCAUCAAGCAGGCAACAUCACCAGGAUGUCUGCAGUACAGCAGAGCCCUCCACUAAUAAAGAGUCCAGAAAAAGCUUGGCUUCAUUUCCAACCUAUGUUGAAGUUCCUGGACCUUGUGAUCCUGAAGACUUAAUUGAUGGAAUCAUUUUUGCUGCCAAUUACCUUGGCUCCACUCAACUCCUUUCGGAUAAAACUCCGUCCAAGAAUGUGAGAAUGAUGCAGGCUCAGGAAGCUGUCAGCAGGAUCAAGAUGGCCCAGAAAUUAGCCAAAAGCAGGAAGAAGGCUCCGGAAGGUGAAUCUCAACCCAUGACUGAAGUGGACCUCUUCAUUUCCACACAGAGAAUAAAAGUAUUGAAUGCAGAUACACAGGAAACCAUGAUGGAUCAUCCCCUGCGGACCAUUUCUUACAUCGCAGAUAUAGGGAAUAUUGUUGUUCUGAUGGCACGUAGACGAAUGCCACGGUCUAACUCCCAGGACAAUGUGGAAGCUUCUCACCCUUCCCAGGAUGGAAAGAGGCAGUACAAAAUGAUUUGCCACGUCUUUGAGUCUGAGGAUGCCCAGCUGAUCGCACAGUCCAUAGGUCAAGCAUUUAGUGUGGCCUACCAGGAAUUUCUGAGGGCAAACGGAAUCAAUCCAGAAGACCUUAGCCAGAAGGAAUAUAGUGACUUGCUCAAUACCCAGGACAUGUACAACGAUGACCUGAUCCACUUCUCCAAAUCUGAAAACUGCAAAGAUGUUUACAUUGAAAAACAAAAGGGAGAAAUUCUCGGUGUAGUUAUUGUGGAGUCUGGCUGGGGAUCGAUUUUGCCUACAGUUAUCAUAGCCAACAUGAUGCAUGGAGGACCAGCAGAGAAGUCUGGGAAACUAAACAUAGGGGACCAGAUCAUGUCAAUCAAUGGGACCAGUCUGGUUGGCUUACCGCUCUCAACCUGUCAGAGCAUUAUAAAGGGUUUGAAAAACCAGGCCCGGGUCAAGCUAAACAUAGUUAGGUGUCCUCCAGUAACCACGGUCUUGAUCAGGAGACCAGACCUCAGAUACCAGUUGGGCUUCAGUGUGCAGAACGGGAUUAUCUGUAGCCUUAUGCGAGGAGGUAUAGCAGAGCGAGGAGGUGUGCGUGUUGGCCAUAGGAUCAUUGAAAUCAAUGGACAGAGUGUUGUAGCAACACCCCAUGAGAAAAUUGUUCACAUUCUCUCAAAUGCUGUUGGUGAGAUUCAUAUGAAGACUAUGCCAGCUGCCAUGUACAGGCUGUUGACUGCUCAGGAGCAACCUGUUUACAUCUAAGGCCGACACCUCACCUUCACGAAGUGCAUGGAGGAUGUUUUUCUUCGUUAGUGCUUGUGUCUCUAGUGCUGCAUUUUUGUGUCUGCAGAGACAUUUUUUUUCUCUCUCUUUCUCACACACACACACGCGCGCGCGUGCUCGCUCGCUUGCUCUCUCUCUCUCUCUCUCUCUCUCUCCUUUCCUCCCUCCCUUCCUCCCUCUCUUUUUCCCCCAUUCUGCACCAUUUCCCUGUUUAUGGGAAAAGGGGAAGAUAUACUAUUUUGGUUACAUCCCCUUACAAGAGAAGCUUUAUGCAGUUCCACACGCAGAAUAGACAAACAACAGCAGCAGCGUUCACAGCUGGGUUCACAAAAAGGAUUAACUGUACUUCAUGCUAUGUAGUCAGUUUUAGUUACGUGGCUAUGAUUUGACAACACGAGUAAUUGUUGCUAAAAGAAAGCUGACUUUACCACAUAGAUACAAUCAUAGGGUAAAGUGCUCUCUUGGACACCACGCGCGUGACUCUGCUUCUCUUCCACUAUUUCCCUGCAGGCACUGAGCUCAGUGUUGACGUUUAAUAUCCGUAGGGAGAGUAGAAUACCAAAAGGGUAAGUUUCAUCCUCAGUGAAGAAUUACCUGCUUAUGAAGAAUGAGUAAAUGCCGCUAUGGUAAAAUUAUCCAAAUGCACACCUUUUAAUUCCCCUCUAUCAUCAGUUUUUCAGGAUAAUAGAACUCCAAAAGGUACUCUGGGACUUGCUGAAAUGUGUUACAAUUGCAUUACUUACACCAAGUAAUUUAGGGGGGGCAUCUUUUGCAACUGCCCCUCCCUGCCCCGGUUUUUUAUCUCUAACUUUCUUCUGCUUUGUUUCUAAAUGCAACAUGUCUUUUAUAGUCCCCUGCCGAUUUUAGAAGUUCAGUGACGUGGGGAGGGGAGGAUCUAAGUAUCUACAAAAGAAAUAGUGAGGGGCUUUCCUGAAUAGCUACACUUUUUCUAGGCUCUUACUUCCAGAUUUGGUGCACACAGCCCAGUGUGCCAGUGUAUAUAGACAUUUUUAAAAUUGUGCUUGCUAUUUAUGAAGUUUGAGGAUAGGAGAUCUGCAUACCUUUCUAAGUAAUUUUGUUCUCUGAGCCAGUUUGAACAUAUAUUUUUGUCCAAAGACUUGCCUAAUUGUAUCGACUUUUUCUUUAGUUUAUGGCGUAGAUAACAGUGGGAGAGAUAAGGUGGGGAUAAAUUUAUUUAUUUUGUUAUGUAAGUUAACUUACGCUUUUUUUUUUUUUCCAUGUGUAUGACACUUACAGGAUAUUUGUGUGUACUAUAGGCACUUGUAUGAAGAAGAUACACUGUAGGUAUAAAUGAAAUCUAGGAUCUGAUUGGCCUCUAAGUUGCAUGCUAUAAACGAAAAGGGGGGAAAGGUUUUGUUGUUGUUUCUUGGUUUUGUUCUUUUAAAAGGCAAAGGCUCUUUUUCCAAGCAAGAGGAAAAAGUCUCUGUCCUCUAUGGUUACAUUUCACCAGGAGUGCGUGCUGAUGUUUCCACCAAAAUUGAAACAGGCGUUUAGACCUGACAAAAGCCCUGUUUGUUGUUUGUUUGUUUUUUUGAAAUGAACAGUUUCUGCUGUGUCUUGCUGUGAUAGAAAGGCUCAGUGAGAUGCAAACAAGGGCUGGACAGCCAUGUGCACACAAA